CGCUUGCGAAACCAGAAUUAAGUGGGGCGUAGCACGAGUAUUGGAUUGGAACAACCUUCAUUAUAUUUUACAUAUGUACCUGUAUAAGUGCAAUGUCCUGGACAAGAACUACGAAGCUUGUGUUUUUCGAUAAAAUUAGGUCAUGGAUACUUUCAUGGGAUUAAUGUCUGUGCUCCCGAUGAUCGCGUGGUUUUAAGGGGCGCGUCUCCUAUCAAUAGAGUCAUUUUCGUUUCUAGGCCAUAAUCUACACGCUAUUCAGCGCUUACCAGUGCAAAGAGUUAUAUCAAUUAAUACGAGCUUCCUUUGCGACAACUCUUCGCAUUACUAAACGAGGUUUUUACUUAUAAAUCUUUCCGUAUCAGAGUAUCCAUUCAAAAGAGUGUCCACCGAGUAUCCAAUUAUGACAAGGAUCAAACGAAAACCAGCCGAAGCUGAGACGACACGGUCUAGUCCUAAACGCGCGAAGACUAUGAAAGGGACAAGCAAGUAUGAGGAAUUAGAGAGCGAGGAUAUUGAUGAUGAUGAUGACAACGAAAGAUCGGACUACUCGGAAGAGGACGGGGAUUCACGGAGAAUCCUUACUUUCAAAGAACUUCAAGUCGCUUACCCGCUUCCGAUGAUCAGAGAUCUCAAAGCCCGGAAGUUGAUCCAAGAUCGUACCCCCUCCACUGCGGCGGCGAGCAGCGAUAAGCAUAAGGACGUGACUGCGGUUUAUACUGUCGCACAUACGAAACAUGGCCCAUAUAUGGGCCACGAGUUCGACUUUUUAGGCACAUACAAUAGUCUCCAAGCAGCUAAUGUGCAAGUUCUGAGCUUCUUCAACGCAAAGUACCAAAGCCAUAUGGACUCCGAUAGUGUACUUAUAAAAGGUCGAGAAGUCCGAGGAGACGUCGGGGCGUGUUAUUGGAUUGAUAAGAAUGGAUUUCUGUCAUUUUUUGGUCGCGAAGAGUACGUUGAAUUCAAAAUCCAUGUUAUUAAGCAGGAAGUUAGGACAAAUGGCCUCGUGGGAGGGCGGACCUCAAUACUCAGUGAAUAGGAAAGCGUCGCGGCAAGAGGACUUAGAAUGAAGGUUUGCAGGCCCGAUUACGUACGUACGUUGGUAGUAUUUGUGUAUUCUUAGGUUGUUAUAGAUUAGGUAGUAAUUUGUACACCUAGCUUAGGACGAUAGUACUUUAUAUCCAAGAAAUAUUGGGG